CCUCCAUGCCUGGGGGCAGAUCUGUUUGUCUGUGUUCUGCUGCUUCUGCAGAAUCUGAGGCCGCCGGAUGUUUUCGCUCCGUCCUUCCAGCGGCCCACCGUCACUCCGAGGAUUCAGGAAAAGUUCGCUCCUGCAGAACCAGCAGGUGGGACGUCCUCUGCCAUGUCUCAGUACCUGAGGCAUUUCACAGCUGUGGGCGACCCACAGGUGGACCAGUGGGUGGAUGAGGAGCUGCAUGCUGACAGCGAGGAGCUGGGUCCGGCUACAGGCCAGUUCCCAGCAGCUCCCACCUUCAGGGACUCACUGAGGAGGCUCUUCACCUCCGACCGCUUCCAGAUACUGGUGGUGGCUUUGGUCGUCCUGGACGCCUUCUUCGUCAUGGCGGAGCUGCUGAUAGACCUGUCAGUCAUCAAACUGGACCACGGCCACAUUGCUCCUGAGGUGUUCCACUACCUCAGCCUGGCUCUUCUCACCUUCUUCAUGGUGGAGCUCAUUGGGAAGCUGUUUGUUUUCCGGCUUGAGUUCUUUUACCACAAGUUUGAGGUGUUUGACGCCGUGGUGGUGGUCGUGUCAUUUGUGUUGGACAUUGUCUUCAUCUUCCAUGAGGACGCCUUCGACGGCGUGGGUCUCCUCAUCCUGCUGCGACUUUGGAGAGUGGCCAGAAUCGUAAACGGGAUCUUGGUGUCGGUGAAAACCCGUGCGGACCAGAAGAUCCACAAGCUGAAGGAGAGUUAUGACCACCUGGUGGAGAGAGCCUCAGAGCUGCAGAGGAGGAACGACGAGCUGGUGCAGGAGAACCAGAGGCUGCAGGCUCUCCUGGAGAAACACGCCAUCCGAUCCUGACUGAGCUCCAGGAGGAACCUCCUGUCAUCCCGGCUCCGAGGCGGUGGAUCGCUGUCGUUUUUCAGUAGAACAUCUGCAGGACUUUGGCCUGAAAUGUCGGCCAUGUUAAGUUUAAGAACGUGGCCUGUAAAUAUGAUCUUCUUAUGAAUGGAUUGAACUUUCUUUAAAUUCUAAAAUAAAAACAUUCUACAUUUAA